AUGACAGAGGGUGGGGAAGAGGAAGAGGCCGACGAGCAGUUGUUGGCUUUACUAGCAGCUUUUCAACGCACAGCGACGGAGCAUGGCAAGGAGUCGUAUUACGGGGAGAUGAUUACGGAGCUCAUGUACGAAAAAGCCAGCCGGACGCUGGUCCUCCCGUCCCGCUGCCGCGCAUUUGUUUCUUCUGCAGAUGUUCGGGUUUUACUCCUGAAUCGAUUCUGCUCUUUCUCCGAUCGCUUCGCCGUAUGGAGGUUAAAACAAGGGGGAUGGCGAAUCCCAGUUGAAUCUCCAGAGUGCCCGCUACGCACCGAUCGUGGACAGUGGCCAUGUGCUGCUGAGGCGCUUGAGUUUGCAACCGGUCAUGAAGAGACAGAGACAAUUGCUAAAGUCUACCGGAACUACGAAAUGGGGAACCACAGACACGAAACAGGUACCAAAGAGUUGUUGACUGUUGGUGCAACCAGGCCUCUCUUCAACUGCGAGACAUUCAGCGCAACACCAAGGUUCGCAUUUGCUCACUUCUCUCCUCUUUUCCCGUCUCCAACAUGCGACGAAACGAAUGCUCACCAGAUCAGCAAGAGCUUAGCACCCACACCAAUGCAACGUGUCGUUCUCUGGCAGGUCUUUGCCAACCUUUGUGACCCGUCGCGCUAA